AUGGAAGCCCCCUGCAAGCGGAGGCGCGGCAACGACGACGAUGCCGGCGACGCCGGCGACCGGGACAGACUGAGCGCGCUGCCGGACAGCCUCCUCCGCGAGGUCAUGUCUCACAUGAAGGCCCGGCAGGUGGUGCAGACCUGCGUGCUGGUCAGGAGGUGGAGGGACCUCUGGCGCUCCAUGACCUGCCUCGACGCCGACCAGGAUGAAUUCGCGACCGCGGGCGCCUGCAUCUACUCCGACCACGAGGGCUGGGAGAGGUUCGAAGACUUCAUGGACACCCUCCUGUGCCCUGGCAACGUCUCCAUCGCCCUCCUGGACACGCUUCGGCUGCACACCAGCUACCGCGGUCUGGGCGGCGAGGGUAGGCGUGCGUACAGAUGGAUCCGCCGUGACAUCAAAUACCACCACCACGCCGGCCAGGAACCUGGCCUUCACCGUGGGGCACUGAGCUGUAACUCCUGGCGCCUCAGGAGGCUGCACCUCUCCAAUUUGCAUCUCUGCAAUCUGUUCGCUGAGCAUGUCAGGUCAAGCUGCCAAUCUUUGGAGAACUUGGAGCUGAAGAAUUGCAACUGCGAAUUUCCUGCGAUCGCCUCUGGAUCACUGAAGAGCUUGGUCCUGAAAUGCUGCGCGUUGAAAGGCUUUCGUGAGAUUACGUCGCCCUCACUGAAGAACCUGUUUAUCAAUGCUGGCUAUAACACCAAAUAUUGUCUGCUUGUCAUCACGGCACCUGCUGUUACUUCUAUGUUCCUGGGCGUGACGCCUUACAACUUCAAUGCCGGUCUUUAG